GGUGACGUCAUCACGGCCGUUCCCGGCGCCGCUCCCGGUGCCGCUCCCCAUCCCGAUCCCGAUCCCGAUCCCGCUCCCGAUCCCGAUCCCCAUCCCCAUCCCGAUCCCCAUCCCGAUCCCCAUCCCGGCCCCCGACCCGUGAGGGCGGCUUGGGGCGGUCCGAUGCGGCGGCGGGCAGGAUGCACCAGAAGCUGCUGCGCAGCGCGCACUACAUCGAGCUGGGCAGCUACCAGUACUGGCCGGUGCUGGUGCCCCGCGGCAUCCGGCUCUACACGUACGAGCAGAUCCCGGUGUUCCUGAAGGACAACCCGUACAUCACCGAUGGAUACCGCGCCUACCUGCCCUCCCGCCUCUGCAUCAAGAGCCUCUUCAUCCUCUCCAACGAGACCGUCAACAUCUGGAGCCACCUGCUCGGCUUCCUGCUCUUCUUCACGCUGGGCAUCUACGACCUGACGGCCGUGCUGCCGGCGGCCGGCGCCUCCCGCGAGGACUUCGUCAUCUGCUCCGUCUGCCUCUUCUGCUUCCAGGUCUGUAUGCUGUGCUCAGUAGGCUAUCACCUGUUCUGCUGUCACCGCUCAGAGAAGACCAGCCGGCGCUGGAUGGCWCUGGAUUACGCGGGAAUUUCCAUCGGGAUCCUGGGCUGCUACGUSUCAGGCGUCUUCUAUGCCUUCUACUGCAGUAACUACUGGCGCCAGGUGUAUUUGAUCACUGUGCUGGCCAUGAUCCUGGCAGUGUUUUUUGCUCAGAUCCACCCCAGUUACCUCACACAGCAGUGGCACAGACUGCGCUCCAUCAUUUUCUGCUCCGUGUCUGGCUAUGGAAUCAUUCCCACCAUCCACUGGGUUUGGCUCAAUGGCGGUGUUGGUGCAUCCAUUGUACAGGAGUUUGCUCCGCGGGUAGUUGUCAUGUACUUCAUCGCUGCUGUAGCUUUUCUCUUCUAUAUUUCCAAAGUUCCAGAAAGAUACUUCCCAGGCCAGCUGAACUACCUCGGCUCCAGCCACCAAGUGUGGCACAUCCUGGCAGUGGUGAUGCUGUACUGGUGGCACCAGUCCACGGUGUACAUCAUGCAGUACCGACACAGCAAGCCCUGCCCUGAGUACGGAGUGGACUUGUGAGUCAAGAAGCAAUAGGAGAGGAUUUGUGACUUCGAGGAUCUGGACCUCACGUGAUGAACUGUGCCAUGAAGUACUGAGGCAGUUCCUUUCCUGGCUCCUGGACUGUUACCCCUUCGCUGGGACAAAGUGUUUACUGCAAGCUUUGAUAAAGCCAGCAGGACUCCAGGGAUCUGAGAGGCAUUUCCUUCUCAGCCAGUUCCUGCUCUGCAGUCAAGGAGCAAGCAGUGGAGCGGGACAGCAGAAGGCUGAGCUACCUUGGCAUGCAGACCCCAGCAGGACGUUUUGUUCCCUGGCAAAUACCAACGGCUCAGCCAAGGGUACUCAGUUCCAGGUUUUCAGGUGGUGUGCAGAAUUAGGAGAGCAUUCCUGCCAGUGUGCCUGGAAUACUGUGGGAACUGUGGGAUGCGGUCCUGGAUUGCAACCACAGCCCCCGUGGGCUGUGCAUCCUUUAGCCUUUGCCUGGAAGAUGUKUUUAUACUUCAGUGCUGCCACGGGAAUGUAUAAACUGGAAUUCAGUGGACUUGUGUCUUACUCAGGACAAGCUCUUUUCUGUUCCCUGCGAGAUAGGAUCACAUGACAGCCAGCACACAGAGAUCUUCAUUGCAGAUCUUACAAAYUGCCUCCCUCGAGGUGGAUAGUGCCAUUGCUUGGUGACAUUUCUCUAGAUCCCUUCAGUAAUCUGGAAUCAGUAUUCCAAAAUAUUCCAGGAGUAGCACUAAGCCUGUGUGUCCAUGUUUGAUGAUGUUUUGCAAUCAAUGAACCUGCUGGGGAUGAAAAUUCCUGACCUUURGCUUUCCUGCGUGUGAAGGGUUAUACUGCAGUCACAAACACUGCUAUCCAAAAGGACUCGCUGCCACAAUCCUGCCACAGUGAAAAUGCUGUCUGGACUUUCAUGAUUUGCUGUUAGGAUCAUCUCUUAUAAAACGAUCACCAGGAGCCAUGAAAUACAAUGGUUAUUAGGAAGCUGUAGCUCAGAACAAUUAAGCUCCAGGAGUGCCAGUCUUCCAAAGAGCAUUGAAAUCCUUUGGACUUUGGGGUUAGAGUCAAUGGUGCUGUUAGGACUAAUGCUGAGUGGCUUUGUYCUGGUGUAUUUGUCCUGUACUCCASUGGGAGAGGCUGRCUCUG